UCCACCACCCCUUCACUUCCUACUGCUGGAACCACAGAGGAACGUACUGUUGAUGCAAGAGCCAGGGACAGUGGUAGUGGACUGCCUAUUCCCAUUCUGGCUGGUGUUGGUGCUCUGAUUGUAGUCAUUCUAGCUCUAGCACUAGUGGUAGUGCUAGUUCUGGUAAUAGUGAGAAAUCACAGGAAAUCGAAACAAAAUGAGAACCAUUUCUCCAGUGAUGGGAAGCAACUGACUAACCCCGUCUACGAUGCAGUGUCUCAAAACAUACCAGUCAAGUUACCUGCUAGUAACGGGAAUGGAACAAGUGGCCACAAACAGGAUGCCGAGACACUUCGCAAUUUCCCAAACCCUCUGUAUAACACUACCCGACACAAUAUCCGCAGUAAUGGAGUGUCUGAGAGGUAAGGAGUGUGCCUCACUUUGUCUUGUUUUUCUUACUUCACUCUGUCUUUUUUUAUCUUACUUCACUCUGUCUUGUUUAUCUUACUUCACUCUGUCUUGUUUGUCUUACUUCACUCUGUCUUGUUUAUCUUACUUCACUCUGUCUUGUUUAUCUUACUUCACUCUGUCUUGUUUAUCAUCUUUCCUUUAAGGAAAGUGCAAGUGUGUACCAUUGCAAGUGUAUAUACAGUAGUAGAGCCUUUCCCACACAAACACCUGUCUUAUGUACACUAAGCCUCCACCCUUUGUCACCACAACAGCUAAUACUACACAAUAGGCACCACAUAGCUAGACACCCAUAAGUUAAAGUGGUCUGUUGUUAGGGCCACAUACUUUGCCUGGAAUUUACUUAGCACUAAGAAGUGUUGGAACCUGUGUGACAGUGUCCAGAGUGUUGGUCUAUCGUUAUGAAUGUCCUGGUCAUGACAGACUACCUACAAGAAACCUUCUCCGUCGACCUGCCAC